AUGUCAGUUCUCAGCAAUUCGUGUACUGAAGCCAUACCCAGUCAAAAUUUAAGUCAAGAAAUUGUUAGGACUGAAGAUCCUGCAAAUAUAACUGACGAAGAAUUUGAAGAAGCUCGAUCUGAAUCCAGCCCUAACUUUAACGACGAAAAUACGAUUAAAGAAGAAUUCGAAAAGAUUGCGUUAAAGUCUCAGCAGUUCUCCGCUCCGCCACUGCUAAAACCACUUCAUUCAGAUAUUACCCCGAAGCCAAUUCCAAGUUACGCCACAGUUGUUAAGACUACAAAAGUUACUGAGAAACCCCCAAUUCCGAUUACCAAACCAUCUUUAAUAAUUACUUCCAAAAAACCAGUAUCCUCGUCACAAGAGACCAUCCACGCGUGGAGGAAAAGUGUUCACUUCAAAGAGCUUACCUUCACUCCUGCUGAGGUGAAACCUGUCUCUAAUCAUAAACUUCGCGUUGAGUUUGACAAACAAGAGCAAAGGGACAAGAUUUUAGAAACAAUAAAUCGGCCAGACAGCCUGGUCAGCGCAGAAAUAGCGAAAAAACUCAAGCCUAUGGUCAUACUUAAGGGAAUUUACAAAGACACACCCGUAACUGAGCUUGUUGAUAUCAUCACCAAUCAAAACACUAAAAUAAAAGACCUUAUUAUAUCACCUGAAGACAUCAUAUUUAAAUUUGUGCGCAAUAACAAAAACCAGAAACUCUAUAACGCUGUAUUUAUGGUUGCUCCUCAUAUUUGGAGAGUAAUCAUAGAAAUACAAAAAAGUUAA